AUGGCCAACGAGCAGCGUACGGUACAACUGACAACGAAGAGAACAACGAUGAUUGCAACUCUGGGUCGGGCUGAGGCAUUUUUGGCGAACUUCAACCAGGAACGAGAUGCUUCGCAGGUGCCGUUGAGGCUCGAGCACAUCGAUUCUAUUUGGGCAAACUUGAACCAGGUGCAGGCGGAAUUGGAGGAAGGUGCAGUUGAUGACGAAGGUAUGGCAGUGCAUGAGACCAUCCGGGCUGAUUUCGAGUCGCGGCUUUUCGCAAUAAAAUCUGCAUUAAUAACUAAACUGCCUCCUCUUCCUGUUAACAAUGCAUUCCCUCAACCCUCGCAUGCUUCUACUCUCUCUGGCAUAAAACUUCCGACUAUUUCACUUCCGGAGUUUGAUGGGGAUUAUCAACAGUGGUUGACAUUCCACGACACGUUUAUAGCUCUCAUACAUAACAAUGCUGACGUUCCACCAAUUCAAAAAUUCCAUUACUUGAGGGCAGCCGUCAAGGGGGAGGCUGCUCAGUUGAUAGAGUCAAUCGCAAUUAGUUCGGCAAAUUACAACUUGGCUUGGCAGGCAUUGGAGGGAAGAUACGCUAAUGACUACCUCCUUAAGAAGCGCCACCUGCAGGCUCUGUUCGACACUCCACGUAUACUGAACGAGUCUGCUGCCGCAUUACAUGGACUGGUCGAUGACUUCGAGCGGCAUACGAAGAUUCUACACCAGCUUGGGGAACCGACUGAUUCAUGGAGCACAAUCUUAGAGCACCUUCUAUGCACACGCUUGCACAACGACUCCCUCCGGGCUUGGGAGGAGCACGCGUCUACUGUUGAAAAUCCCAACUUUAGUUGUCUGAUCGAGUUUCUUCAGCGGCGUAUUCGGGUUAUUGAAUCGGUAUCUGUGAACGAUCAUGCAACGGAAAGUCAAUUAGCUCCAAGGACCAGUCAAACUCACUACAGAAGGCAAUCCCAGUUUCGAGUAUCAUCCAACGCGUCUACGGCUACAAGUACUUCGAAUAAGUGUCCAGCAUGCGGUGCGUUUCAUUAUAUUGCCAGGUGCGCAAAAUUUAUGCGGCAAUCCAUUAGUCAGCGUAAGCAACUGGUUAACAGUAAACGGCUGUGCCUUAACUGCCUUAGGGGGAAUCAUUUAGUUCGCGAUUGUCCUUGCGAGCUCAAAUGCAGAAAGUGUAACCAGAGUCAUCACACACUUCUACACAUAGACCAGUCUACUGGCACCGGACAGCCCAGUCAUGAUCCUACUUCGUGUUCCACGGUUAAUACUCAUUCGAAUUUUGCUUCGGUUUCUGCAACCAACGUGGUGGAUCAAACCUCUGUUUCUGCUACAGAAACACCUUCAGUCGAAACUAGUCUGCCUCUUCGCCAACCAACUGAGAACAUUUUUCUUCUCACUGUCGUAGUCAACGUUAUUGAUGCAUAUGGCCAUGCACACCCUGCGCGUGCUUUGUUGGAUAGCGCGUCGCAACCAAACUUGAUAACCAACCGAAUGGCUCGUAUUCUCCAGCUGAAACGUAAGCCCGUCAAUGUUACCGUCCAAGGGGCCGGCCAAUUAUCUAAAGUCAUACAAGAGGCUAUGUUUGCCACUGUUACUUCGAGAAAGCUGAACUUUUCUUGUGGAAUUGAAUUUUUAGUCAUGGAUAAGGUGACUGCAGACCUUCCCGCACACAACAUUUCAACAUCCGAGUGGAAAAUCCCUUCAGAUAUUUUUCUAGCUGAUCCAACUUUUAAUAGAAGUCUACCGAUUGACAUGGUGAUUGGUGCUAAGCAUUUCUACAGCUUCUUUCCUACCUCUGCUCGUAUACAGCUACGCGAUAGCCUACCUCUGUUGGUGGACAGUGUUUUCGGUUGGAUCAUUGCAGGCUCCGCUGAUGUAGCAGACAAAAGUUCGCAGCCUGUUUCCUGUAAUGUAGUCGCAGUCUCUAUGGUAACGUUAGAGGAGAGCAUGGAGCGCUUUUGGAAGACGGAAGAACUUUCUAUCAGUGACAAUUACUCAGUUGAAGAGCGACGGUGCGAAUCUUUCUACAAAGCUACAGUUACCAGAAAUCAUGAAGGACGAUAUAUAGUUCGUCUUCCCCGUAGGCCAGAUUUUGCUAUAAUGCUCGGUGAAUCCAAAGCAACUGCUUAUCGACGCUUUCAGCUUUUAGAACGCCGUCUUCAGCGGGAGCCCGGCCUCAGUGCAGAGUACCAUAAAUUCAUGAGGGAAUAUAUCGAACUCGGACAUAUGCGACUUGCCAACAUGAUCAGCGAAGCCGAUAUGAAUUGUUGCUACCUUCCUCACCAUCCUGUCAUCAAGGAAUCAAGCACUACGACCAAGGUUCGGGUCGUGUUCGACGGUUCAGCGAAAACCUCUACCGGUUCAUCGCUUAACGAGGCUCUAUGCGUUGGCCCAGUCGUGCAGGAUGAACUCAUUGCGACGAUAUUACGAAUGCGUACUUACCCGAUUGCUCUUGUUGGCGAUAUAGCAAAGAUGUACCGCCAGGUGUUGGUUCACCGUGAUGACACCUCUCUACAGCGUAUUCUCUGGCGUUUUUCUACAGAUGAGCCCAUUCAGGUCUACGAGUUACUCACCGUCACUUACGGAUUGGCUCCUUCUUCUUUCCUUGCAACUCGUACUUUACUGCAGUUAGCAGAUGAUGAAGGUUCACGCUAUCCGCUCGGCCGGGAAGCUCUUCGCAAAAACUUUUAUGUAGAUGACUUCAUUGGUGGGGCGCAGACGAUAGAAGAAGCCAUCACCCUUCGCACACAGCUGAGCGAGCUGCUGGAAAAGGGGGGAUUCGAGUUGCGAAAAUGGACGUCGAAUCGGCUGGAAGUGGUAAAAGGACUCAGAAAUGACGAAAUAGGAACGCAGUCGACGGUGGAAUUCGCUCCCCGUGAAACCAUUAAAGCCUUGGGAAUCAAUUGGGAGCCGAAUGAAGAUUUCCUGCGCUUUGACUCUCAUGUGCAGUGCACCGAUCAGCCUCCCACAAAGCGAUCUAUUCUGUCUGCCAUCGCCAAGCUGUUCGACCCAUUGGGCCUUAUUGCUCCCAUUGUAGUGAGGGCAAAAAUUGUUAUGCAGGAGCUAUGGUUGUUAACCUGCGGUUGGGAUGAUCCGGUUUCCGAAUGCCUACAGAAAAAAUGGGAAAAAUACCAUCGUGAGCUACCCAAAAUUUCCGCCUAUCGCGUCAGUCGUUACGCUUUGCUUCCCAAUUCUACCAUUCAGUUGCACACCUUCUCUGACGCCUCGGAAUCUGCUUACGGUGCUUGCACAUAUGCUCGCUGUGAAGACACGUUAGGAAACAUACGAGUUCAGCUUCUUGCCUCCAAGUCUCGUGUUGCACCGCUGAAACGACUCAGCAUUGCUCGUUUAGAACUUUGCGCUGCGGUGCUGGCAGCACAUUUACAUCAUCGGAUAAAGCAAGCAAUCGGGAUCGAAAUCUCUGCUUCAUAUUUUUGGUCAGAUUCCUCCGUUACGCUACAGUGGCUGCAAUCGCCUCCAAAUACAUGGCAAACAUUCGUAGGAAAUCGAGUUUCUGAGGUUCAGCACUUCACGCACGGUUGUCAGUGGAACCAUAUAUCUGGCAAAGAAAAUCCUGCCGAUCUAGUGUCUCGGGGAAUGUCCGUUGAGGAGUUCCUAGAAAAUACGCUGUGGAGUCAGGGUCCCAGUUGGUUAACCUUCCCAAGCGCAAAUUGGCCUGCCGGAAAGCCACCUAGUGUUCCAGAAAAUAUACUUGAAAUCCGACAGGUGUCAGCAGUGGUCCAUUCAGCUUCGACAGUCAAUCCUAUCUUCCUUCGAUGGUCAUCAUAUACUCGACUUCUACAUGUUAUAGGAUACUGCCUGCGCUUCAUUGAAAACAUCCGCGUCAAUGCCAGAACACAGCCUCCCCCCGGUUCACAUCCAGCACUACGAGCCUUAACAGUAAAACAACUAGCACAAGCCAAAACGACGUUAAUUAAACUUGCACAAAAUGACGCCUUUGACUCAGAGCUGAACGACUUGAAGGAAGGAAAAACGAUAGAUAAACGCUCCAAGAUACGUCGAAUGAGUCCGUUUCUAGACCGAGAGGGGGUAUUGAGGGUUGGAGGGCGACUUAAACUAGCUCAACUGCCAUACCAAGCCAAACAUCCUGCCAUACUUCCCAGCUUUCAUCCUUUCUCUCUACUAAUUGCCCAUCACUACCACCAUCAAAUGCUACACGCCGGAGGACGGUUACUAUUAAAUGCCAUUCGUGAAGAAUUUUGGCCACUUCAGGGCCGCAAGCUAGCACACAACGUCGUUCGCAAAUGUAUGCGCUGCACUCGCCUUGACCCGAUACCGGCACAGCAGCAAAUUGGACAACUACCUGCGCAUAGAGUCAUUCCCAGCAGCCCGUUUAACGUCACGGGAGUCGAUUACGCCGGUCCGUUUUACCUACGACCGGUACACAAGCGAGCUGCUCCUGCGAAAGCGUAUCUGUGCCUAUUUGUUUGUUUCGCAACCAAAGCCGUACACUUGGAACUUGUCAGCGACCUGUCUACCGAAGGUUUCCUGCUAGCGCUACGACGAUUCAUUGCUCGCCGCGGCCGCCCUGCUCACAUUCACUCCGAUAAUGGCAAGAAUUUCGAAGGGGCCAAAAAUAAGUUAAAUGAGCUGUUUGAUCUGCUGCGGAAAAGUAAGGAGACCGAGAAAAUCGUUUCGACCUGUGCUGCUGAGGGGAUUACUUGGCAUCUAAAUCCACCGAAAGCGCCACACUUCGGUGGCCUCUGGGAGGCGGCCGUGAAGGUGGCAAAGAAGCAUCUGUACCGCCAGCUUGGAUCAACCCGUGUAUCCUUUGAACACCUUACCACCAUAUUGGCCCAAAUUGAGUCGCUGAUGAACUCCCGACCGCUCCUACCAAUGUCCGAAGAUCCGAACAAUUUGGCUGCGCUCACGCCCGGUCAUUUCCUCACAGGAUCCAGUCUACUAGCCCUGCCCGACCCAGACCAUCGAGAUAUUCCGGAAAAUCGACUUGACCAUUUCCAAAAACUACAGCUGCACGUCCAAAAGUUUUGGUGUCACUGGCGCACAGAGUACCUCCAAGAAAUGCAGAAGGAUACCACGAUGAACGUCCGGAAUAAUAAGUUGCUGCCUGGCCGAUUAGUUAUAGUCGUCGAUGAGCUACAACCGCCGAUCCGUUGGGCUUUAGCUCGCAUCCUGACCACUUCACCAGGUCCUGACGGAUUGAUAAGAGUUGUCUCACUACGCACCGCACGGGGGGUUAUCACCCGCCCCAUAACCAAAAUAUGCUUGCUUCCGGAGUAUGAUGCUGCUGUCGCUGAAACAGAAGAAGCUAAUGGUCAUCACACGACCUCCAAUUCAAAAGGUGUAACUGAAAAUUAA